UGCUCUUUGCGCUGAACCACAUGCAUCGGAGUCGACGACAACGUCGUAUCUGCCGCACUGACCUCUCCGUUGACCUCUGAAUUGUCUCCGAACGCGUGAGAAAACGUGAUUGAAGCAAGAGAGAGCAACGAACAUGUCCGCCGCGGAGCUGAAGCCGCUCGUAAAGUCGCUGAGUAGCGCGUCGACCGAUGAGGAUAUCGUGGGUAUCCUCAACACCCUCAAGCAGCAGCCGAAGAUCACCGAGUCUCUUCUCAGGGAAAGCAAGGCUGGCUUGGCCGUCGGAAAGCUCAGGCAGCACGCAUCCAAGAGGGUGGCAGAUUUAGCGAAGGAGAUUGUGAGGAAAUGGAAGACGGAAGUUGAGCGGGAAAAGCAGGCAUCGGGCGGUGGCGCAAAGGCAGCGUCCAACGGCAAAACUUCAGCCGCGAAGAAAUCCGUCAGUGCAGGCUCGAAUGCCGCCACCCCUUCCACUCCCGUAACACCCACUGCGUCUACAAGCGGCUCUGGCUCUAAGCUCAACGAGACUCGUUCGGCGAAGACGGAUGGCGUGAAGAUCGAGUACACAGGGGAUAAGACCCGAGACAAGUGUGCCGAGCUCAUAUACGACGCGCUUGUCUUUGACUCUGGCGCACCGAGCGAGCAGGUCAUGACGCGUGCCAAGGACAUUGAGAAGACCGUGUUCAACGACAAUAGUGGUGCCAACGCCGCAUACAAGGCGAAGAUUCGUUCGUUGUUCGUGAACCUGAAAGACAAAAACAACCCAGGCCUGCGUGAGAGUGUGGUGUCUGGCGACCUUGCCAUCGCUAAGUUUUGCAGAAUGAGCAGCCAGGAUAUGGCGUCAGAGGAACGCAAGGCAGCAGAUGCCAAGAUCGCCCAGGAGAAUCUCUUCAAGACACUCGGCGCGGAGGAAGUGCAAGCAGAGACCGAUGCGUUCCAAUGCGGACGCUGCAAGCAGCGGAAAUGUCGCUACCGUCAAGCACAAACUCGCAGCGCUGAUGAACCUAUGACUACGUUUGUAACCUGUACCGUAUGUAAUAAUAGAUGGAAGUUCUCCUAGAAGAAUCACGCAUAAUUGCCUCCCUUGCGUGGGCCGCCAGCCUCUCGCGUCCGCCCUUUCUCGUAUGCUUUUCAUAGCCAAGUCUGCACAUUGAACAGACUCUACUCCUUUUUGCAUGUACUUAUUUUCUUCCUUCUAUGCAUGCCGUGCUGUACCAUUUGCCAUAUUCCCUAUGCAGGUCGCCGUCCACCG